GAGUUUGCUCUGCAUGUCUGCACUGCUGAGGCAGAUCCCUGCAAACAUCCCUCAGGACAUCCGGAAAAUUAGAAUCGAAAAUUCUCACCUAACAGAAUUGCCUCGUGGGUCUUUUGAGAAUGUUAGUGCCUUGGAGUAUCUCUGGCUCAAUUUUAACAACAUCACAGUGAUGCACAUCAAGAGCCUGGAAUAUCUGCCAGCUCUGCAGGAGCUGCGCUUGCAAGGGAACAAAUUAAGUUCAGUGCCAUGGACAGCAUUUCAAGACACCCCGACUCUGAAAAUCCUGGAUCUGAAGCACAACCGGCUGGAUGUCCUUCCAGAACACGCACUCCGCUAUCUGCCCAACCUGACCUAUUUAGAUCUAUCCUCAAAUCAGCUUACCAUCAUAUCCAGGGAUGUCUUCUACAACUGGCCUGUCUAUCAGAGAAGCCAGAGGACAGAGGGGCAGAUAGAAGCUAUUUCCAAUGCUGUUCUGGCCCUCCACGACAACCCCUGGAUUUGCGACUGUCGCCUGCGGGGAUUUGUCCAGUUUAUCAAGUCGGUUGGCCCACCUAUUAUUCUGAUGAAUUCCUAUUUAACGUGCUCAAGCCCAAAAUUCAGGACAGGGAAGUUUUUUCAUGAAGUGGAGCUUAACAGCUGCAUGAAGCCCCUGACCUCAGCCCUUGACACCAAUCUGACAGUCCCAGCGGGGCUAAACAUCACCCUGACCUGCUUUGUGGAAGCCAGCCCAUCCCCUGCUGUCUGGUGGACCUAUGCACUCAAACUUUUAAGGGCAUUUAAUGUGACCACUGAGCCCAUCAGCGAGGAAACCGUCCGCUCUGAGCUGCUGAUCCCAGCGGCACGGCCAGCAGAUGCCGGCAACUACACCUGUACAGCUGCCAACUUCUUGGGUAACACCUCGGUGGCCAUCAACCUCCGCGUGGUGGCCCCAUGGGCAUCCACCACUCCCCGGGGCUGGGCCCCCAUCGCCCCCGCUGAGCCAGGUGCCCACGUGGAAGUGCGCAUUGCCAAGCAGACGGUCUAUGGCAUCACCCUGGAGUGGUUUGCAGCAGCGGCGGCGGCAGCAGAGCCAGGGGAGACCUGGUACACCCUCCUGGUGGGCCGCUAUGACGCCGCCCAGAAGGAUACCAUCUACAUUGGCCCUGGGGUCAACACCUACUCGGUGACCGACCUGCUGCCCGCCACCAAAUAUGAGGUCUGCGUGGCCGUGCGCAACCAGGCUCCCCGCAAGGGCCAGUGUGUCGUCUUUGUCACGGGCAGCGACGUCAGCCAGAUGGAGCAGCGUGAGAAGCUCAUCCACAUCGUGGUCAUCGUGUGCGCCAUGGUGCUGGCCGUGCCGGCCGGCAUGUACGCCUGCACCGCUGAGGCCCUGCCCGGCUGCCUCGCCCGCUGCCCCAGAGCCUGCCCCCGCCGCCGCCGCGGGGGCCAGGCACAGGCUGCUGGCAGCAAGGAGAGCACGCUGGACAGCAUUCCCGCCGGCAGUGAGGAUGGGCUCUGCCGCCCCGAGGACGUCCGCAGCACCCGGCGGCCCCCAGCCCGUGAGGAGCCUGGUAAGACCCGGCCGCCCCACAGGAACAGCGCCGACCUCUACUAGCACAGCCCCUGCCCGCCCUGCGAGCGCGGCCACAGCAGCACCUUUCACAGACCACCUCGAGCCACAGCAGGUGCUGGUUUUCUCGAAGGACCAUGCGAGGGCGGCUCUGUGUUGCAAGGACUCGGGGCACGGUGGGACACAUGACUGUUGUUUGCAGCAGGCUUGGGGAGCCCUGGGAAUGGAGGUGCCUGGUGUGUCCGGCCGCAGGUGUGGAGGCGUGCCUGCACAGCCCUGGGCUGCCCCUGCAGCACUGUCAUGGAGCAACGCACACUGACACACCAAGAAAACCGGCAUUGACAAAAAAACAACCCCCAAACCAGUAUCAAUGCUUCUGGAGAAAGGUCAAAGGUCUCCCCUCACUCACUCACACGGGCACGUCUUUAAUUAUUUAUUCUUCUUGCUCGCAGCUCUGCCCAGCGCCAGGUGCCAGCUUCUCCUGUGUGCCACCUCCUGGGAAUGGACAGGGGAGCUGAGCAGGGCUGUGGCCAUAGCCAGCACCAAGUGGUGGGGAGGAGUGGGUGAACACGAUGGAGAAAUUUUUUUUUACUUGGAGAAAAAUUUUUUUAU